AAUAAGCUCAUCAAUUCUUUCUGCUUCACAUUUUCUUCAUCUAAACCCCAAUAACUUCUGCCCAAAUCCCUCCCCAGAGAAGUCUGAAACACAAAAACAUUCAAGAUUUUCCAAUUACUUCAAAUUUUUUUUGUGAAAAAAGGGAAAAAGAGAAGGAAAAUGAAGGGUGGAACAGUUCAAAUUAAUUGGCACGACACCAAGCCAGUCUUAACCCUAGAUUUUCACUCUCUCUCAGGUCUCCUAGCUACCGGCGGUGCCGAUUUCGACAUAAAGCUAUGGGAGAUAAGUUCUGGUGAAGAGCAAAACAGGGGUCCUGGAGCUUCAUAUAAAACUAACCUAUCUUACCACGGUUCAGCAGUAAAUGUGCUUCGCUUUUCUCCUUCUGGAGAACAACUGGCAUCUGGUGCUGAUGGUGGUGAACUUGUCCUAUGGAAGUUACAUUCUAAUGAUGCUGGAGAAACAUGGAAGUUCUUGAAGAUAUUAUCGUUUCAUCGUAAGGAUGUAUUGGACUUGCAGUGGUCCACUGAUGGUACAUUUCUUAUUUCUGGAUCUGUUGACAACACUUGUAUCAUAUGGGAUGUGAAUAAAGGUUCUGUGCAUCAAAUUUUAGAUGGCCAUUCUCAUUAUGUCCAAGGUGUUGCAUGGGAUCCAUUAGCUAAGUUUUUAGCUUCGCUCAGCUCAGAUAGAACGUGCAGGAUUUAUGUCAACAAGCCAUCUAAAACAAAAGGAAAUGAUAGGAUGAACUACAUUUGUCAGUAUGUCAUAUCCAGGUUGGAACCACAGACUACAGAUGAAUCCAAGACAGCUAAAAAUCACCUCUUCCAUGAUGAGACACUGCCAUCUUUUUUCCGAAGAUUAGCUUGGUCUCCUGAUGGAUCAUUUUUACUUGUGCCUGCAGGUUCUUUCAAACAUACACCAUCUUCUGAAUUUGUAAAUGCUGCCUAUAUCCUUUCUAGAAAUGAUCUUUCUAGACCUGCUUUGAUGCUUCCUGGUGCCAGCAAACCUGUUGUGGCAGUGCGGUUCUGCCCUGUGAGAUUUAGCUUGCGAGGAUUAAAGUCAUCUGACUUCUUUAGUCUCCCUUAUCGCCUUAUCUUUGCGCUGGCCACUUUGAACUCUUUAUAUAUCUAUGAUACGGAGGGUAUUGAACCAAUAUCAAUCCUGGCUGGACUUCAUUAUGCAGCUAUAACUGACAUUGCCUGGUCACCAAAUGGCAAAUAUUUGGCAUUGUCCUCACAAGAUGGCUAUUGUACUCUCCUAGAAUUUCAAAAUCAGGAGCUGGGAUCAUCAGUCCCUGUUUCAGAAGAGAGAAACAUCGUGGAUGACUGUAAAACUCUGCAGCAGGCGCAAGGGGCUUCUUUCACAAAAACUGAGCCUGACAACAGCCUUGAUGGUGCAGAAAGUGAGAAGGCUGAAGCUCAUAAUGACGAAAAGCAAGCUUCCACAGCUACAUUGGCCACUCCCACAGCAAAUAAACCUGCCAAAAGGCGUAUAACUCCUAUUGUCAUUGACUGACUGUAAUGUUCCUAUCUGUAUAGAAUGACACCCUUCUUUUCCAUUUUUCCUCUUCUGCGUUUUUGGGUGUGGAAGGGUUGUGGAUGGGUGGUGAGUGGAAGAGCAAAAGUAGCAAUAGUUAAUGUAAUAGGUAUCUAGACAGCUUCUCAUGAAGUUAGGCAAAUUGCCACUGUUUAAAAAAGAAACAGGUUUGCAGUUAUGUGGUAUAUUCCGCUUGUAGCAUGUACAGGAGUCAUCUACACUUCGCGUUGCGUAAUUGAGGACUCCAUCAUUGUUUGCAAAAGAUAUGCUACACUUAAACUCUCCCAAGUAUUUUGUGCCAGCUUGAGUGGGG